GUGGAAUAGGAGCCUCCAGGAACGGGGGCUAGAUGGCUUCAUCUAAGGGGCCUCCCUAAUUUAGGAACCCAAGUGUUGAAGAGAUUUUUUUUUGGGCUCUAGUUCCUAAAACGAGAGGUACCCCGUUUAGCGUCCUGCCGAAGAUGGUUAACCGGUGUGUGAGUUGUGGUGUGCGUGCGUGUGUUAGCCUCUGAACCGAUUGCACAGCUUGUAUCGCAGUUGAGGCUAAAAAAAAAGUCGCAGUGCAUCCCCAUGUCUAGCAGCCAUGGACGGCAAGGGGAGGCCGACUCCUGCCACCACCCGUCUCCUCCUCGCGCCCCAGGCGCCAUGGACGGCGGGCGCCGAGGCUGCCCCGCGGCCUCCCUUCGCCUCCCCGCGCCCUAGCCGCCAUGGACGGCGCGCCUCUGCUGCUGUCCACGCGGGUGCCGCGAGGAGUUUGAAGAAGGACCCCCGCCGGCGCCGUCCGAGCCCUUGCCGCCACCGUGGUAGGAGAUGACCUUGCUGCUGAGGAGGCGCCGUCCGAGCCCGAGCCCCUGCCGCCGCCGCCGGAUUGCUAGAGUACCAUUUUAUUGAUAAAGCAAUCCAUCUAUGGAGCUCCAAUUCUUUCUUCUUCAGGUUUAGCUUCUACUAGGGAAUCUCCCCUUCUUUACUAAUCUGCUUGCUGCUACUAAUCAGUACUUAAAUUUGUUCGCUGCACUGCCUUCAGGUUUAGCUUCUACUAUAUCCAUUUUGUUUUGCUUUCGUUCCUCCUAAUGGUGAGAAAUUUGACUGAAAUUUCUUAGUCAUAUGUUCUUAGUCCAUAUGAUAUAUAUAAUGGAUGCUGUAGUUUUUGGCUUAAUUAAGUUACACAUUUUCAAAUAGUGCAAGUUUAAGCUUCAGUUCGGAGAAAGAGAUUUAGUUCAGAAAACUGAAGUUCAGUUAACUAGCAAAGCAGGCUAGUUUUCAGUUCAGAAAACUUCUUUCUGGAGCAUCCCGGCCACUGCUUGCCUCGCUUAGGGCCUCUCAACGCACAGCUUGACGGAUCCACCACCUCGACCUUGCCGUCGCAUGCCAUUCUUGACGCUUGCCGGCUUCUACACCGCGCUGAGCUCCACCGCCCACAAGGUCCAUCUUUGUCCUCAACAAGGUUUCUAGGGCGUUUAGCCGGCAAAGCAGCUCGGAUGACCGGUUGUUAUUCAAGACUACAGGAGGCAUCAAGCUCAAAAGGGUGGCCAUAGGCAAUAACAGCGGAUCUCUAUAUUUUGUGAACUCAGUGAUAAUGACGGUAUGCCUGUGGAUGUUGCUGUCACGUGAUAUCAUUCCAAAUGGCAUGCUGGGGUUCCAGGUUCCAGGUUCUCGUGUCCUUGUUUUAGUGGUGUCACUGGUGAUAGUACGCAUGUUGGGGUUUUACAUAUUUGUUGGAUACAUCAGCAGGAAGGAAAGCCACAUACUGUUGCAACUUAGUCCCGUAGCUGCACUCCUACUAAGUGGGGUUGCAAUGCACUAUGCAGAAUUAGAUUACUGGCUUAACUGGAUGGGUUACACACUUAUUCCUCAAUGGACCAUGAUCUAUAUUUUAACGAGGUUCGGAUCACCGGGUAAUGCUUGUCCACUUCACAAAGAGAUUAAAGUAGCGGCACAACUAUUCCUUGUCAUACUUUUCGUUGCAACAGUUUUGAUACUAUUACAACAGUUUGGGAUUAUGAACUUCCUGGUACUGCUAGGUCCAUUUGUGCUAGGCAACUUACAAAUUCCACUGGCUCUGGCACGCAUCAUGCUCUCGUGUUGGUGGCUUUUCUAUAACAAGAUUGAAGUUCAAGACACCAAGAACAAAAACAUCAAGCUGGCGGUGAAGGUCUUGUACAUAAUGGUGUUGUGCCAAGGGACACUAAAUAUGAUGGCGUGCAUACUGGAGUCAUUUUCCUUCUUGCUUCGGAGAUCACUGGCCCUUGCUUGUGGACUUGUAGAUAAUUUGGGGAUGAAAUCCGUCGAUCUCUAUUAUGAAAAAGCCUAUGACACCUUCUUGCAAGAAAGUGUGUUUGAUGUUUCAAAGAUGGACCUUGUUACCUUUGCUCUGAACUCCCUGAACUCUGACGCCGUUUCAUGGGGCAAGAAGCGCGCUGCCGUCCGAAUCUUGGACUCUUUUCUGCAGCGGCUCAAGGCCUCCAGCUCCAUCACAGAUCUCCAAAACAAAGAGCUUGUCUCACGAAUCACUACCUCCAACAAGGCAGUGACCACGUUGAUCAGCAUGUUGGGCUGGACACUCCCGAAAGAUGAAGAUAUCAGGCUACUCGCCGCAAAGGUCGCCGCUCAUCUUGCUCCAUAUCUACGGAUCGUCAGUAUCAGUGACACCAUGCAGAUGGUGUCUUCACUUCUUGAAGCCCAAGAUCAACCGGUGAUACAAGACAUUUCGUCCCAGGUAAUGGACGGCAACGGAGGGGAUACUGAUCAGCAAAGCCAUGGUUCAGGAUCUCCAACAGUGAACGGUAACAGUUCUUCACCGCGAGAUAUUGUGGGAGGGAACGCUGAUCAGCAAAGCCAUGGUUCAGGAUCUCCAACAGUGAACAGUAACAGUUCUUUACCGCGAGACACUGAGGGAGGGAAUGCUGAUCAGCAAAGCCAUGGUUCAGGUUCUCCAACAGUGGAAGGUAACAGUUCUUUACCGCUGGACAUUGAGGGAGGGGCACCAGCAAUGCAAGCCUCCUCAAACCAGGCAGAACGCAACAGUCAAAGGUGCUCUCUUUUUUGCAAAAUCUUCAAUUUUCUGAAGGAAGGGAUACGCAGAUUCUUGCGGCACGUCGGGAGACUGCGAUCCAUCCCACAUGAGGACAAGAUAGAUAAGGACUCGCUCCCUGCACUGGGAAUGCAAAUCCUUGAAGGGCUUGCUCAUGAUCUCCACAACUGCGAAGAAAUCAGCAGAGCAACAGAAAUCCUCCUUCCAAUGAUCAUAGGGUUCAUAAGCUGCACUACUGGCUCAACAGAACAGCAACGACUAAAGAAUGCCACUUCUUCGUUGACAUUAAUUGCCAAGCUUGCGAGCGUCAAGGGAAAAAUGGGCAUAGCACUCCGGGAAGAGCUCUUUGAGAAUCCUUUCCUACUUGGCAACCUCGCCGAGAUCUUGGAGGGCAAUUCAUCGAGCAACCUAGAACAAAGGAAGCUGACGAUGAAUAUCAUUGCCGAGCUCGCCAUGGAGAAGAAAACAAGGGAGAAGAUUGGGAAAAUCAAAGAUAUCAUUGACAAGUUGGUACAAGAAUUUAUUGGGGAAGAUGAAUCCGAGAAACCACUGCGAGGAGAUGCAGGGGAAGCACUUGCAAUGCUGGCAAUGGAGAGCCCUGACAACUGUUCUGCUAUGUUGCACGAACCCAAUCAGGAGCUUCUCAAGGAUCUUGCGAACAAGCUUCAGCGUGGCGAGCACAUAUACCAAGCGGCGAGUCUGCUUCAGAGUCUGUGCGAAAACUCCAGGCAAGUGCUGCUCCUACAAGAUCCAGGUGACAGUCACCUGUUGUCAACCUUAACAGUGGUCUUGGGAAGAAUUGUGGAUGCUGAGGGGAAGCAGAUGGAGGCCCUAAUCGGCCUGGCUUCACAGAUAUGCAGUGCCUGUCCAGCUGAACGCGUCGCCCGUGUUCUCGACUUGUAUCGAGAUGGUGAGACAUUAGUCAGGAAACUGGUGCGUGAACUCGACGCUCGCAAGAAGCCGAGUCCUGAUGAGUCUCCAAAUACGAGAAGGCUGCUGUUCGGGCUCACAGUAUCCAUCCUGAAACUCUGCCCUCCCUACGCAGUCAUCUUCAGGGGUGGCAGAAUGAUGGAAACGCUGUCUGGCGUGGAGAAGUACAUGGUGUUCUUCGGCAGCUCCGGGGUGGUUUCAGAAGGGCUGCCGGCUCUGGUGGCCAGAGCAAAAGAGCUGAUCGGAGGCUGAUGUGGUACUCGUUCAGCAUGGCCGCUAGGCAUGAAUGAGUGGCCAUCCUGUUCGUUGCUGGGUCCGAAUCCAUCCACUGAUACAUGAAGGGCGUGCUGCCAUGCGCUGCAGCCUGCAGGUAACCACGAAGCAUUUUACUCUAGCUUCUGUCUGUGUGUAACACGCAUAUUUCUGCUUUGCUUGAAGUGAAGACGUCAUGUUGUGAUGUUUUCUGAUUCCUAUCGAUGCUUUUGUUGUAAUUCAUGUAGUCGAGGCUAACUUGAUUUGUUCAGACAUUUCGUUCUACUCUUUGUGCAGAACAUGGUUAUCUGGAUUUGUGCACCUGAGAGCACACCUUGUGUGCACGCUUUUGUUGUUGUUGUUGUUGUUGAGUAA